CAGCCGCGUGUUUCUGCUUCUGCUUCUCCCCGAUGCUCUGCCCCCCGACCCUCUGCACUCGAGAAGCCCCCCAACUACCGCCACCCAUUUUCCGGCCGGAAAUCCGGCAAAGCUUGGGGAUUUCUCCCUAUUUUCUUGUCUUAGAACACCUGUUGAACCCAGAAAAUCCCAGAUCUGCGUCUUCCUCCCUCUGCUGUCCGUCGGCUUCAACUUGUGGGUUUGAAAUUUCUGGGCAUUUUUCGAGCCGUGAGCUUUCCCUUGCACUGUCGCCGGCUUCUUCUCCCUGCAGCUCCGGUUCCUUGCUUGCAAAUUCUGGUUUAGUUUGUGAUAUAAGAAUGAAUUUGGAGAUGUUCGGUUAUGUGGAGAUCGAUAGAAAUAGCACCGUGAUUAGGGGUAGUGCUAAUGAUGAUUUCACUGUGAAUUUGUGGUGGUAUGGUUAUUAAUUGUGGAAUAUUGUGAUUAGGUUUUGAUCGUUCUAUCAUCGUAGCACUUGGGUUAGCCUUCUGUUCUGUGCGAGUAAGGUAAGUAAAUUAUGGUAAAGCCCUUCGAUUUUAAAGCAUGUUUUCAAUUGUUUUUGAGAUGGUGGCAAAGUUUAAAUUGAUUUUAUCAGCAUUUGAGUGUGAUUAAACUGAAAUGAAAAUCAUGAUGAUUUUUAUGAAAAUUAUUGUUUUUCUGAAAUUGAGCAUGAUUGGUAUGAAAAUGAGGAUUUUAAUGAUUUUCUGGAAAUGAGCAUGAUUGAGAAAUGAAAAUGAGAAUUUCAUUGUUUUUCUGGAAUAGAGCAUGCCUAUUUGGGAAUUGACUGAACUGCUUUGAUGAACUGAGAAAUUGGUAAAUGUUGAGUUUUCUGUUAAAUCCAUGCCUGCAUGGAGAUUUUUCGAUUUGUUCUGAAAUUCGGGUUUUUCUGUAAAUCCUGCAUGGUUUUGUCUCGGAUAUAGUUAUGAUUAUUGAUGAUCCCAUUAGUGGGGGUUAAACGCUAGCACAUGUCGGCCCAUGUCGAUAUGUUUAUUGAUGAUCCUGCUAGUGGGGGUUAAACGCUAGCACAUGUCGGCGCAUGUCGAUAUGUUCUUGAUGAUCCUGCUAGUGGGGGUUAAACGCUAGCACAUGUCGGCCCAUGUCGAUAUGUUAUUGAUGAUCUUGCUAGUGGGGGUUAAACGCUAGCACAUGUCGGCUCAUGUCGAUAUGUUAUUGAUAGAACCGGUUCGUUUCUGUAACCCUGCUAGUGGGGGUUAAACACUAGUAAAUUUCUAUCGCUUGC